AUGGACAACUUCGGCGUCGUCGAGAUCGCCAGCCAACGCCGCGCUGUGGCGCCCGGCUGGGCCUACGUGCCGGAAAACAGCAGCCGCAAUGUACCGCCAGGGAUGGCUGCAACCAUGGCCGCCGCCGGUGCAAACUAUACAGCCGGCGGUGCCUUUGGCGCAGCAGCAGCCGGUGCAGCGGGUGCAGGAGCAGGUGCGGCCGGCAGCGGUGUGGCUAAGAACUCACGCAAGCGCUCGACACGCAACCAAGGCGGCGCCGCUGCCGGCGGUGCAGGCUCGUCGGUCGCGCUCUUUUCGCAUCUUACGUCGCGCCAGGAAGCCAAGCUACGCAAGGAGCUCGAGCUUCUAGACCGCGACGGUGGUUCGGCAGCUGGCAGCAGUGGUGGGCGUGACAGCCAGAUCCCGAUCCCGGCCAAGGCGGUCAAGGCACAGAACAAGUACACGCCGAAUGUGCGCAAGAUCCUGGCGUCGCAAAAGUCGUUUGCCAACCAUCUCGACGACUUCAACGCGCUCACGGCGCUGCACGAGGCGAACCCACACCUGUAUCAUAACCACAAUCACAACCAUAGCCAUGGACUUAACAGCGACACGCCGAGCGGCGGGCGAGGCGCCGCGGCAUCAGGGGCGGUUGCGACCGCCACACCAAGCAAGAACGGCAACAGCAGCAGCAGGCGGCCGGCGGCAAAGAAGGACGCAAAGAAAGACACAAGACGCGGCGGCUCGGCAGCAGCACGGCGGUCCACUUCAGCAGCAACCCCGACGCCCUCAUCCGCUGACACGCCAAUGGCCGAUGCCCCAGGGACACCAGACGCGGCGGGCCAUGCAGACGGCAUGGCUGCGCAGGAGGCCGCACAACAGACGACCCGUCCCGCCUCGUCUAUACUCCUGCCUUACACAGGACCCCGGCCGCCUGCACAUCCUCUCGACAACGACCCGCUCCUUGUCAGCAAUAUGCCGCCACUGCCCACGGACGACGAGCUGCGCAGCCUCGUGCAAGGUCCGCCACUGACGUACCCCGAAGCGCGUGCCGACUUUGUCGACGACAACGACGAUGGCAGCACCGGACGGCGCUACCCGACGCGCGUGUUUUGCGAGAUCUGCGGCUACUGGGGCCGCGUCAAGUGCACAAAGUGCGGCACGCCCGUGUGUGCCCUGGACUGUCUGGAGCUGCACCGGGACGAGUGCAUGACGCGGUAUGGGCUGUAG